GUGACCGUCAUGAAGUAACGUUAACGGGGGGACAGAACAGAACAGAGCGGAGCAGAUCCGUCAGUCGGUUAGUGUCCGGGGGAACGAGGCAGACUGAGCGUCGGAAAAGAGGAAAAAUGGGAAUAACUCCCCGUAGAUGUGCUUUGUUCCGGUCCACAUCCACGGUGUAGACUCGGAGAACCAACCGUACACCGUGUCUGGUUCUCCGGCUGACAGCGGAUCCGCCGCAGCUAGCUGGGUUAGCAGCCCGCCGUCACCGUGAGGCUCCCGACCGACCGGGCGGGCGGCAGAGGAGAGCUGAGGAGGGGCUGUGACAAAGGAAGGAGCCAUGAACCGCUUCAGAAAGUGGCUCUAUAAACCCAAGAGGACGGACCCGCAGCUUCUGGCCCAGUUCUAUUAUGCCGACGAAGAGCUCAACCAGGUGGCCACUGAGCUGGACAGCCUGGACGGCAGGAAGGACCCUCAGAGAUGCACGCUGCUGGUCAACCAGUUCCGGUCCUGCCAGGACAACGUGUUGAACAUCAUCAGCCAGAUCAUGGAUGAAUGCAUCCCCAACGACCGCGCCAACAGAGACUUCUGCGUCAAAUUCCCCGAGGAGAUUCGCCAUGACAACUUGGCGGGACAGCUGUGGUUCGGAGCUGAGUGUUUGGCUGCAGGCUCCAUCAUCAUGAACAGGGAGAUAGAGAGCAUCGCCAUGAGACCCCUGGCGAAAGACCUGACGCGCAGCCUGGAGGAGGUGCGCAGCAUCACCAGAGACCAGGCACUGCGAGACCUCAACUACUACACAGACCGCAUGAAGGACGCUUUACGACAUUUCGACAGCCUUUUCGCUGAGUUUGAGCUCAGCUAUGUGUCAGCCAUGGUGCCUGUGAAAAGUCCCAAAGAAUACGACGUGCAGCAGGAGGUGAUUGUCCUCUUCUGUGAAACUGUUGAACGGGCACUCAGGCUGGGCUACCUCACCCAGGACAUGAUCGAUGACUACGAACCUGCUCUGAUGUUUACCAUUCCCAGACUGGCCAUUGUUUGCGGGCUGGUCGUUUAUCCUGAGGGACCUCUUAACCUCGACCGGAAAUCUGAGGACAUGUCGGAGCUCUUCAGGCCUUUUCGUACUUUAUUGAAGAAAAUCAGAGAUCUCCUGAAGACUCUGACUGAGGAGGAGCUGCUGAGUCUGGAGAAGAACCUGUGCAUCUCCCAGGACGGGGAGUUGGCCUCAAACGGCAUCCCGGUUCCGGUCCAGGAGAAUCCGUCUUCCCACAGCCUCGCCAACGACGCCUCCAACGGGCAGGGCAGCGGGGAAGAAGACCCGCUCCCCGUGUUCGUCUCCCCUGAUCAGGACAAGGAGUUGGCGGAGGUGGAGAGCGGCUGGGAGGAGGUGGAAACCCAAAACGGCGAGGAGGAGCCGGAGCAGGGCCUGCUGUGCGAGGAGGCGGAGGAGGCGGAGCUGGCCUGCUCCAUGCAGUACGACGAGGAGGAGCUGGAGCAGCUCAACAUGAUGGUGUACAGGGUGGGGGACGAAAUGUCCACGCUGCUGUCCCCGCCCAGCCAGGGCCAGUCCCCGGCCCGCCGGCCCAGCAGGGGGGAGCCCGCCGGCUCCAGCGGGGCCUCCAGCACCCAGGCGUCGCCACGCAGGAUGGCGGCGAACCGAAUCAGAACCGGCGUCUACGUGGAGGAGGAGGAUCGGGUUUUCUUCAUGGAGGAUGUCGACGCGGCAGGAGACGGCAGCUGCAUCGUGUCUCCUAAAGCCCUGCCUAAAGGAUCGACGCCUCCACUGCAGCAGAAACCCGGACCCGGUUCUGGUAUCAACGGAUGGAGCUCUGCCACAACGUCGGAGCAGCCCUGUCCCACGGCAAAACGCCCCCUCUGCUCCCACGCACCCCGCAAUGAGCCGCUGCCUUACAGCAACGGCUGGGACAGGGGGUUAGAGGGCACUGCGUCGGAAACGGCGGAGGUCAUCGCCCACCGCAUGGGCGGGAUGAAGCUGUCGGCCACCGUCAUCUUCAACCCGCGCUCACCCAGCCUGACGGAGCUGGCCGUGGACAAGCUGCUGCUGCCCCGGCCCGCUGCAUCUGAGAUCGAGCCCUGCGGCCCCCUAGUGGCCACUCACUGUCUGCUGAACUCCUGCGUGUGCUGCGGGAGCUGCGAGGACGCUCAUGAAGACGGCGGCGUUGCCUCGGAUACCGCCGGCUUGGAGCUGGGCCUAGCUCUGGGUCUGGACAAACACUGCAAGAGGCCGGCGUCCAGCGCCGUCAUCCAGUCCGCUGCCUGCCAGCUGCCGCCACGCGCCCACCAGCGGUUCGCUAAGGGCGAGCUCGCCCAGCAGACUCCCCCGUCCGCCCGCCGCCCUGGGGAUCCGCCAGCGGAGCGCUCAGAUUCGCUGCUCUGUGACAAGUGCCUGGUGGCUCCAGGUCGGGGCUCCAGAGGAGGCCAGGGAGCGUCAACGUUCAGCCGCCAACUGAGCCACGACAGGAGGCAGCAAGCCGGCGAAGCCCGGCAGCGAGAGAACAACCUGGACAACGACAGAAUAGACAAUAAGGAGCCCAAGGAGGACAUUAGGAGAUGCUUCAGUUUUCAGAAGUCGCCCCUCAGCUCUGUGUCAGGUAGUGACUGCGACAGUGUGUCGGUCACCACAUGUAGUCUGUCGAGCAGUGCUUACACUCCAAGCCCCGUCAGCAGCCUGACUCCGAGCUCAGGGACUUCGGAGGACCUGGACCAGCAGGAGAUCAGGCUGGCCCUGCAGGACGCCAGGGUGGCAGCGAGGAGCAAGAUCCGCUCCCGGUUUCACAGCAGCAGUGACCUCAUCCACCGUCUCUUCGUUUGCAUAUCAGGCGUCGCCGAUCAGCUGCAGACCAACUACGCCAGCGACCUGCGAAGCAUCCUGAAGACUCUCUUUGAAGUAAUGGCGACGAAGUGCGAGCAAGGAGACAACAAUAAGCAAAAAAAGGUAGGCCCUGUUCUGCGCAGUGCGGUGCUGGAGGAUUGUGCUCUCUGUCAGGAAACUAUUUCUUCAUCAGAAUUGGCAGCCAAAGCCCGGGAAGGACAGUUCGAAGAUCCUCCAGACUGGGUCCCCGACGACGCCUGCAACUCCUGCAUUACCUGCAAGGCUCCCUUCACCGUCAUUCGCAGGAAGCAUCACUGUAGGAGCUGUGGAAAGAUCUUCUGCUCCCGCUGCUCAUCCCACUCGGCUCCGCUGCCGCGGUACGGCCAGGUGAAGCCCGUCCGGGUCUGCACCCACUGCUACAUGUUUCAUGUCACGCCUUUCUACAGCGACAAGCCCGCCAUCUGAUCCCAGGUCAGAACCAAAAAGCACACCGUCUGCUCCAAGAGCAUAAUAUGCAACGGACAGAUUCACUCCACAGUGCUCCAGAUAAACCUUAAAGGUCAUGAUUGUAGUUGCUGACCUCAGCCGCAGGGAGCGGAGAGUCCAGCCCAGAACCUCGGGUCUGAUUGUAGGAAUGCCGAGGCGUCAGCAGAACUGAAAGUCCAAUCGCUCUGCAGUCUGCUUCACAGAAUCAGAACAUUUUUCUCUUCUGCAGGUGUGAAUAAUCAAGCUUCCUGUUUGCUUCUGUGAGCUUCCCACAUGUGUCCCGGUGCUGGCGCUCCAACAGAACUCAGAUCAGUAGAGCUGGACGAUACGGCUUCAAAGUUUAAUCUGAGAUCUGGUUUCCAAUUUUUUUCUUUUCUAAUAAAUAAAUUAAUAUUUGUAUUUCAAUUAUCUCUUCUGCAAACUGUACGACAGAGUAUCAGAGCCAGGCUACAAAAUGUUUUUUAAUUAUGAGAAUAAAAUAAUGUUAGCAGAAUAAUAACACAAUUUUACCAAAAGAACAUCUUAAAAUUACAGGAAAAUACAUUUUAAUGAGAAAAGACUUCUAUUUAUCAGGAUCUGACAUGAGCAGAUCAGUUUGUUGUUCUAAAUAGAAACAUUAAUUUCAAAGUCCUGCUAUUGAUACUAAUUUAAUGCUGACAUGUUAAUUUUUUAAAAUUAUUUUCACAUCUUAAACCGAUACUAAAGUAUAACUUCACAAAAUGCUGAACAUUUUAAUUUUUGUUUCUUUUCAUGCCAGAGUUUUCAUUAAAUUACAAAUUCAUCCUUCUAAAAAUGACAUCUUUAUUCUGGUAAUUCUUCAACUUUAUUGUUGUACGACUUUAUUCUGGUAAUAUUAUGACCUUAAUUUUAAAUAAAAUUGUAGCCUGGCCCUAAUAUUUCAUCGUAGAGUUAAACUGAAUUCAAAAUCCAAAUAAAUACAAGCUUUAAACAUGCUUGUCAAACAGGAUGGCCGCCCUGGCCGCGCUCACGUCUGAAUGAUAGAAACCCCAGGAACACAUUAGUAAAAAAAAUCCAGAUUUCCCAAAAAAUUAAUCUUCAAAAGCCAAAAAUCCGAUUAAUCGAUCAAAUCGAUUUAUUGCCCAUCCUUACGGGUCGGAUCAGACGAAUGUAAGUCAACCACCAUGUAAAUAAUGAUUCUAUCUGCAAGCAACAGAGCCACUAAACAAACUCAGCAGGCUGAAACUGAAACACAGGUAUCUUUUGAUAUGAGCUUUGUGAGGAGUUUAGUUUUUCUAACGUGAUGAAUGUCUAACUGUGUUUGGGAGACGAAGUCUGGAUCGUAACUUAGCAUCGAGUUUGUUGCACUGAGAAAAAACAUAAAGUCUUACCACGUAUUUUUUACUAAUUUCUAGUUCAAACAUUUUGGUACAUUUGAAGUGAGACAAAACUAACUGAAAAGUAACUUUUUAGCAAAAUAGAAGAGCUUGUUUUAAGUCAAUAAUUCCUUAAUAUUAAUGAAAAAUAAUAGAUCCAGUGGCAGAGUGUUUCACUUAAAACAUGGGAAAAUGUUUUGUUAUGAAUUAAAUAAUCUGCCAGUAGUGCUAGAACUUUUUCAUUGCUAGUAAGGAAUUAUUGACUUGAAACAAACUCUUACAUCUUGAAGAAAAGCUACUUCUAAGUUACUUGAUGUCUUAUUUUACGUGUACUAAGAUAUUUGCGAUUAGGGCCGUUGAAGACUGAC